AUGCGUCAUCAAAUUGUACCUGGUAUCCAGAUGCGCGGUCUGCUGAUCGCCGUCAUGGUCAUGAACGGUCUCCCAGUCGCCGCCGCCGGGCAGGAUGGUCCCGCGGAUGUGAGGGCCUUCGAAGCGCCCGCCUUUGAAGAUUACGGUGCUACGGUUGCCGUGCCCGCCGUCGCCGAUGUGGUGGAAGGUUUCCAUUUCGCAUUCGAGGUGGAACAGGAAUUGGAGGGAGGGGGCGGGGAGGGUAUAGUUUGGUUUAGCCCCUGUGAGAAGGUCAGGAAUUGGAGUGACAAGAUGGCUGGUUGA